AUGAGGAUCGAGGCUGAAGCCCAGGCUCAAAAGAGGAAGAAAGAGGCUGAAGCCGCCAGACAAAAAGCCAUUCAAGAGGAACUGAAGAAGCUCAUGGAGGAGGAAGAAAUUGAGAAGGAACAAAUGAUCCUGGCUGAGAAGAAGAAGCGCGAAGAGGAAGAGCGCAAACUUGUUGAACAUAUCCUGGAGCGACGAAGGAAGGCGGAAGAGGAGGUUAAGGCCCAACGACGGGCUUUUGAGGAGGAAAAAAUUCGCGAAAACGAGAUCUUGAAGAAACAAAUGGCUGAAGAGAAAAGAAAUCGGUUCAAGGAUUCUAACCAUUCGAAGUCGUUCCCAAUUCCAAGCUCAAAGGAACUCCCUAAGCGGCGGAAAUUACUCGACAAUCCAAUUUUGAAUAAGUUCGAAGCUCAAGCCAAAUUACCGGAGGCCGAGGAAGCUAUUCGAAAAGCACAAAUUGAGAGCAAGCGUCGAACCAAGCCUUUUCAAUUAAUCAAGGACAAGAUCAAGAACACUUCCCGGAUCAAUUUGGACAAAUUGAGGAGGAGUCGAAAAACCCUGGGAUCCUGUCUUUCCAAGGAGAAACUAAGAACGGUAGUGAAAACGUCACGUGAUCAAUUGAACCAAGAGGUAACCUUUGCUCAGGAUGAUGACCACAAUUUACGGAAAACAGAUAUGAAAAACUACCUCCUCUCCCAAGUUCUUUAUGAUGGACAAGCCGAGGUCAAAGCGGCCUCCAAGUGCCACACCAUUCCCGAGACACCAACGUCAAAAAGUCGAGAGCAAUCUCAAAACCAGCGAGAGAUUGAGAGAAGACGUAAAGAAUUUGAACUCUACAAACAAGAGAUGGAAAAAUACCUCUCGUUGUUUGAAAAUUCUUCGGAAGGAGAUCAAUUUCAAGGAAACAAAGCUUCGAAAGAAGACUCAUCUUUGGCAAAGAAACCCAUCCACAAUAUUGGAAACAUUAAGGAACUUUUUGAGAGCAGAAAUGGGCCCCAACAGGCCACUGCGGCAAAGGACGUGCCCAAAAACGCAGUGGGCAAACUUGACACUCAAGCAAUAUUCGCGUUCCAAGAGGAACGGCCAAAACCUCCAACGAAGAUGGAUUAUGUCCCAGUAGUGAUUGAUAAAGAAGCCUUUGAAAGGACCAUGAAUAAAUUUGAAAUGUACAAACAAGAGGAAGAACUAAGAGAGGAACGAGUCAAAGCGAUCCAAGCUCGUAGGAAACUAAAAGAAGCACAACUUGGAGAGGCACAAGAGAUGUCAGAAGAUGAAAUGGAGACUGAAAGCGAUGAAGAAAAUGACCCGGGUCUCACAAGCUCAGACGAUGAUGAGAUGGAAAAAGAGGAGCAUGCAAACGACCAGAAAAUUAGUCGCGAGUGGACCUUGAAGCAAAAAGUUGUUCAAGAACUACAGAACUUGAAGGAUCUGGACGAGAAAUUAAUGAACAGGUCGGCCAAAGAGAAUCGAAGGCGCCAGGUUUUAAGGCAAGUUCAAUCCGAAAUUGAAUCAAUCACAAGGCCUGUCAAAAGCUCAAGUGCCAAUGAUAAAGAAGAAGAUGAUACUCCACAAUGGAUCAGAAUGAUAAUGGAAAUGGCUCCUCGACAAAACUUAGAUAGAAUGGAAGAUCUAGUUCAAGACGAUAUCCAAUCAGAAAUGAGCCAAGAUCAAGGAUUCGAAGUAGAGGGCAAGAAGAUGGAGAAAUUUGUUUCCUUUGAAGAGUCCGUGAACGCAUUAAUGUCAUUAAUUGAUGAUGAAGAUGAGCUUUCCUCUCGUAAGAAAUCCUCUCAGACCAGUCCCAGGAGACCACAAAAAUUGAACAUGGAGGAUUUUUCGUUUGAAAGCGCCACACAAAACGAUUCCAAGCCUAAAUCGACUGUCGCAUGUAAGGCCAACAUCAAGGAAGUAAAGGAACAGUUGUUGAGGAAGAACUCCAAUGCUAUAGCGUCAAAGGCAAAUGACCAAGCAAAAGGAUUCCUCGGAAGGGCUUGUAAUGACAUUAAAAGAUCUUUGACGAGACGCAACCAAGAGACAAAACGAUCAACCCCACCACGUCGUCUGCAAAGAAGAAAAUCGAUCAUCCAACUCCCCGAAUUUGAAGCCAAUCCCUCAGAGGCAAAACAUUCGCAACCAAAGAAGAUUUGGUCUUACCAAAACAGGACUAUGAAAGAGUUGUAUGAUUUGGUUAACCACAGGUCAGACGAUGUCUCAUCAGGUAUUGCUACAAAAGCCGAGCAUAUUAUGGAACAAUCAAAGACUUUGGAACAAGCUAAAUCCGACUUGAGCCACGCCCAUGAUCAACCUGUUAUGCUAUAUGACGAGUUUCUUUCUAAUGUUGAAAACUACCUAGAGAAAACCAAAGCAAAUUCGGUCAAGAACUCCCUCUUUAAUGACAAUCUCCAAGCAUAUCUGGAUCUCAUUCAAGAUGCAAACAAUCAUGAGAAGGAAUCGAAAUUUCCAAGCACACCAGGUAUUUGCAUUCCAUAUGAGUGUAAUGGUUCCUCAAUCAGGAGAGAAAAUAUGCUAAAACCAUUUGAAGGUAGCCAGACUCAAGAGCCUCACAAGCGCAAACAAGUUGGCAAAUUAAGCGAAGAGCAAUUGAACGUAAUCAAGCAAUUCGGAAGAUGA